AUGUCAGACGAAGCAACUCAAUCCAGUGGCUACCCCAGAUGUCACAGCGACCCUAGGCCUGAACCCAGCACCCCCACAGUAGUACAACUGGAGGAAAUCCUGCACAACAACAGAGUUCCGCUCAGUCGGAUAGAUGAAGUCUGGCCUAACCUGUACAUUGGAGACAUGACGGUGGCCCAUGACAGAUUUCAGCUGUGGAAGCUGGGGAUCACGCACGUGUUAAACGCUGCACACAAACAGCUCGCGUCUAGUGGAUGCCAAGAUUUCUAUGGUACUGCUAUGGAUUAUUAUGGCAUUGCAGCUCGUGACUUACCAAGCUUUGACAUUUCUGCCUACUUCCAUCCUGCAAGUGAAUAUAUACACCAGGCGGUGGAUAUACUGGGAGGGAAGGUCUUUGUGCACUGUGCCUUUGGAUACAGCAGGUCAGUUACCCUGGUGUUGGCCUACCUAAUGACUUACCAUCACCUCUCGCUGUUGGACGCAGUCAACACAGUGGCUGAACGCAGGCGCAUUUUCCCCAAUCGAGGGUUUUUAAAGCAGUUACGGACCUUGGACAUAAAAUUACAACAAGGAAGGAAGGUUUGA